AUGAGGUGUAAUGUAGAUGUUACCGGUCAGACCACUUCCUGCAGAAGAAAAGUAGUACUGGUGAACGGUGAACGUGUGGCUCCUCCUCUCAGUCCUAGAGGCGGCCUGACCAUCACGAGGAACUCUAAGAACGUCCAGCUGGUCGCCGACUUCGGCAUGACCGUACGCUUCGACGGCAAGCAGCACGGAGAGGUGAUCCUACCCAGUACGUACAGGGACAGGGUGAGGGGUCUGUGCGGGAACUAUGACGGGGUCUCCAGGAAUGAGUACAUGAAACCAGAUGGAACCGUGACGCGGAACCUUGAAGAGUUCGGAAACAGCUGGAGGGUGACUGACAGGCAGGGGGCGGAGCUAGUGACAUCAGAACUCCCCAAGAUGGUGCACCUGCACAGGCGUGAUGUGGAGACCGACCCAGAGACAGGCUUUGAGACAGCAGGUUGUACUGACGCUCAGCUGGCUGAUUUCAAUGGUAUUAAACAGUGUGGAGCCAUAUCAGACCCUACAGGACCCUUCGCUGCCUGCCAUGCACCACUACUGCCCAACAGCUUCCAGGAGUGA